AUGGAAAGAGGAGAGCAGGGAGAGAAACAGGAGGAGGAGGAGAGAAAACAGCAGGGAGAUGAGAAUGAAGAGGGGAGAAGAGAGCAGGGAGAAGAGCAGAAGGAGAGAGAGGAGAGCAGGGAGAGGAGACAGGAGAGGAGGGAAAGGAGCAGCAGGAGGAGAGAGGACAGCAGUGAGAGGAGCAGCAGGGGGAGAAAGGAGAGCAGGGAAAGGAAUAGGGAGAGGAGAGCAGCAGGAGGAGAAGGAGGGGGAGAGAGGUCAGCAGGGAGAGGAGCAGGAGUAAGAAAGAGGAGAGCAGGAGGAGAAGCAGCAGGAGGAGAGAGGAAAGCAGGGAGAGGAACAGCAGGAGGAGGAGAAGGAGGAGAAGAGAUGAGGGCAGAGAGAAGAAAACAGGGAGAGGAGCAGCAGGAGUAG